AUGCCCAAUAUCAACUCGUUCGGCCUUAGUGCUUUACUGACGGUAGACCACAAAGCAGUUGUGGUUGUCGGCUGCGCUGGCGUGUGUAUGGAGGAGGACAUAAUGGAGGAGGGAUUGUUUCCAGUGGAGAGCAUGGACGAGGCCGUCAAGAUUCUGCUCGCUCGGACGUCGAAGAAAUUGCGGGAGCUGACGAGUACGCCGCCUUCCCUCGGCCGAACAGAUCAUAUCCACCUUCCCCGUCGGCGGUGCUCGCAGAAUCUCCCGCCUACCGGAUCCUCUCCGACGUCGGCCACGACACCGCCCCCCGUUGCCGACGUAAUUGUCUCGACAGUCACACGCUUCAACGGAGAGUUGAUAGUCUCAACAGUCGACACACUUCAAUGGAGAGCUGCUUUACUCCUCGCCGUUCAGACCCAAAUCCAGCCCCUCACCGCCGGCCACAGCCUACUGUCUUCAUCCUCCGCUGCCGUCCGUCUCAAAUAA